AUGACGUUUGCGUUGCUCCUUUUGGUUGGUCUGCUACUAGCACACGGCGUUACAGGAGUGACCGAUUACCUGGACCACAUGAACGACAAGAUCGAGUCCGCGAUGAACAUGGUACGCGCCUUCUUCGUCAUCUUCCUGGGCGCCUUCACCAUCAACGUGUGCGCCGUCGUCUUCGUCGUGUUCGGCGACGGCAGAGCGCGCAAGGUCCUGUUCCCUCUCGUGCUCAUCUACGCCGUCCUGUACCUGGUCUUCUCCGGCAUCGCCUACCUCUUCCUCGGACUGAGCAGCACGGUGGCCACCAAGUUCCGCUACAUCGGGUCCACCAUCGGCCGCGUGUCCGCGUCCAACGUCUCGGACUCGGCCUUCGAGUACAUCAAGGUUUACGAGCCCGAGUGUCGGCUCCGCUUCAUCUGCGAGGUGUCCGAGAAGGCGGUCCAGAAGGACCACAUGUUCGCCCUCGUGCUCAGGAUCGUCACCACCGUCGGCAGCUCCGGCGGGCCGUACGUCGAGGCCGUGCUCGGAGGACUUGGCGGAAGGGGCUGCCAGACGCUCUUCCCCGAGUGCGGCUAUUCGCCACUCCGGAGGUCGCUUCCGUUUGUCGACUGA